AUGACCUUCCCUUCUCCUUCGCAUUCGGCCAAAUCUUCGAUUGCUUCUGGCACCGAAAGACCAUCUUCCCGACCCGCAAGGUCUCAGCAGUCUCCCUGGGGCACUACUGCGUCCCAAAACAGCAUCCGUCGUGGGCUUACGCCGCUUGCGACGAAUAUCCCUUCCCCCUCCACCGGUGGAUCUCCUUCUCGCCGUCCUACCCAAUCCCAAAGUCCUGGCCCGAGUGCCUCCGCUACGUCCCCGCUAACAUCGUCCUUCUCCGCCAUAUUAAGCUCCACGGGUCGCUUUCCAGCUGCCCGCAGUAACCCCUCGCCAGCUUCAACACCAGCUUCAUUCGCUGCUCUUCAAACUGGCGCCCAGCACCAGCAACACCCUAGCCAGUCGCUCACAUCCCCCAAAUCUCGAGCCCUUACUCCGUCGUCGGCAUCGCACCUGGCUACCUCGGCGGCAGCGACCGGAGGCGGCGGGGGAGGCGGCGGCGGUGGUGGUGGUGGAGGAGGAGGUAAUUCAAACGUAUCAAGGGGUGCCACCUUUUCUCCGCUCCUGACAGGUGUCAAUUCCCCAGUUGGGUUCUCAGAUAAGCAAAACUCUGCGGGUACAUCUAUCGCCGGAAUCGGUGCUGGUCAAUCAUCGUUAUCCAAGAUAUCAGUAGCCCAAAUUUUUCUUCUUUUGGAUUCUAUAAACGAAAAAGAAGGGAAGGAAAAGUGGGAAACCAAAGCUGCUCAAAUUCAUAAGCUGGUUGACUCGAACGGCAUGGAAGUUUUUUCGAAAUAUUUUAGGCGACUUCUUUCUGGGAAUGCUCCCCAGAUUUUCCCUGGCACUAACAAGGCGGUCGAGAAUGCCGGAAAUUACCCUUUGCUAGUUCAAGAGAUGCAAAAGGUUUCUCAAGACGCCGAUCAAGCCCGAAAGAUUGCAGAAACAAUCGACGCUUCAGAAGGUGACAUAUUUCGCGACUUCGAUUUGUCCACUUUUGUAGACCACUUCAAGUUGGACCCUAUUGCCAAAGUUGCACUAAUUCUGGCCUUCAAAAUUGUGAACAGGGCAGAUUUGCGAACUAAGGCCGAUGCCAUUCUCUCUACCUCUAUGCCUCAAUUUCUACGAAGCCUUUCUGCUGUUUCUGAAUCGAACAGUGACCUCACUUCAUCCUUUAUCGCACUCACUAUUGAGCGAUUCGUCUUCAAUCCACCUCGCAAUCUUAAUGAUGAGCUGAAGCGGAAGCUCAUAUAUGCUGCCAAAAUGCGAUAUCAAUCCUCAGAGUCCGAUGUCCCACCUGAAAUUGACGCCUCGCUGCAAACCUUCGCUUUCUCAGAUCCUAGAUAUUCCCUCGUUCGUCAAAUACAAGCUCGCGGGCCGAAGUUACUCAACACCCAAGAUGCAUUCCUUGAUGCUAUUGCGGCUUCUGGCCCUGAUGCUUACAACGAGGAACAAAUCGCGGUUACCCUCCUUUUUAUGAUAUAUUCCCAAAUCUGGCAAAAACCCUCUCUAGAUUUGUUUGUCGCUACUAUCCAGCACAAUCAAGCAACACACCCCGUUAGCUGGCAAAAAGUAAUUCGAUUUUUUGACAAGGAAAGCUUAGAGAUCGAUACAGCCCAGUUUUCUCAGCUCUUCAGCCUGCUUCUUCCUCUUGCUCAUGGUGACCCAGAUUUUGAUAUACAGCUUCUUUGGGGCGGUGAAUGGGAAAACAAGGAUGCCCAGUUUUCUUUCGUAGCUGCCUUCCUUUCUUCCAACAUCGAUACCUCGACUAUUCCAAAUUUUCGAUCUACAUUUCCAAUUGAAAUAUUUGAUGAUGCGUCCGAAAUGGUUCGCCAACAGGCAGAAUCUAUUCGCAAUAAUUCUCUCCGCUCUCUUGACGCGGUGAAAGCCAUAUUUGACUUGAUCCUUCUCACCCCAGUGACCUGGGCUGCCCCAGAGAGUCAAGCGUUUGUUAAGACUAUCUUACAAUACGACUUGCCCACAUUUCUUUGCUCUGCUUUCGCCAUUCCUCAACCGUGGACGAAUGUGCAAGUCAAUUUCGUUAUUAGGUCUUUUAUGAUAUUCGUGUCAAAACGCCAAGAAGGCUACCAAUUCGCUCUUCAUGGUGUGUGGAAACUUGAUCGUCAAUGGGUCGGCGACCAGUUGUUUCAUGCUUUCACCCAAGAUCCCUCAUGUACUGGAUUAAUUUAUGACCAUGCAGUCGAUCAUGGCUGGCUUGAAUAUCUACUUGGAUUUACCAAUGGCUUGGCUAUGGACCUCGCCUCUUUGGCUCACAAAAAAGGUUCUUAUGAUUUAGAGCAAUGGGUCAAAGAUGCAGCGCGAAAGACACCUGUUGAUAUGGGUGGCUUUCUUUCUAAAUUUUUAAGAAUCAAAGCCGAAGAUGAGUUACGUGUGCAAAGAAAAGAGCAAGCUUCCCACCAAAUGGUCAGCUUAGCUGUCAAAACAGUAUACGCACUACUUCUAGUAUUAGAAGACUAUAUUACCGACCACGAGCAUCUGACUCCUAUUCAACGUAUUUGUUUGCAGACCUAUCCUCGACUUAUAAAUUAUGGUGAGGGAUUUGAUGAAAUUAUUGAAGCAAAUGGGGUAAACAGUAAUGCUAUCCCAGACGGCGUUGAGAAGCAAAUGCAGGAUCUCUUUGGAAAAAUGUACCAUGAGGAAUUGUCUCUGCGGGAAAUUCUAGAAUUGAUGCGGCGUUAUAAAGCUUCCCCUGAUCCUAUUGAGCAAGACCUUUUCACAUGCAUGGUCCACGGCCUUAUUGAUGAAUAUCAUUGCUACAAUGAAUACCCACUGGAGGCCCUAUCAAAAACGGCCGUCAUGUUUGGCGGUAUUAUCAAUUUUAAACUGAUAUCUGGGAUUCCUUUAAAGGUGGGACUCGGCCUGAUCCUUGAUGCAGUCAGAGACCAUGAACCACAUGAUUCCAUGUACAAAUUUGGCGUUGAGGCCAUAGAACAACUUAUCAACCGCCUUUCGGAAUGGCCUGGAUUCUGCGGCCUCCUUCUGCAGGUCCAAAGCCUCCAAGGGAGCGCAAUAUAUCGAAAGGCAGAGGAAGUUCUUCGUGAACAAGGCCACCGUGUCAACGACUCCGAUAGAGAUGCCAAUGGAUUAGUUGACGGGUUAGCACUUGCAAAUGGUGCUGUCGAUGACCUUGUGGGCAAUGAUGCUACUCCUCGCAAAUUCCGCUCGCUCUAUGUCGAUCCUCCGCUCCGCCCUGAUUUUUCCCGUGAGCCGACCGAGGAUGUCCAUGACAAAAUUCUCUUCAUCUUAAACAACGUCUCUGAACAAAAUAUAGACGCCAAGUUAAAGGAUCUGCGCGAUGUUCUUCAAGAAGAGCAUCACCAAUGGUUCGCUUCAUACAUCGUCGAGCAACGGGCAAAAGUACAGCCAAACUUUCAGCAGCUUUACCUUGACCUUCUGGGUUUGAUUGACAGCAAGAUUCUUUGGGCUGAAGUUUUAAGAGAAACAUAUGUCAGCGCUAUUCGCCUCUUGAAUGCUGAGUCUACACUAAACUCUACCACUGAUCGUGCUCACCUUAAAAACAUUGGAGGCUGGCUUGGAUCUUUGACUAUUGCAAAAGAUAGGCCAAUAAAGCAUAAAAACAUUUAUUUUAAAGACCUUCUCAUCGAGGCCUUUGACACCCAACGUCUUACUGUCGUCAUUCCUUUUACUUGUAAAGUAUUAGGUCAGGCGAUGAAGUCCACGAUUUUCAAGCCUCCCAACCCAUGGCUCAUGGAUAUCAUCGCAUUGCUAAUGGAAAUAUAUCAUUUUGCCGAGAUUAAAAUGAUCCUGAAAUUUGAAAUCGAGGUAUUGUGUGGGGAUUUGCACCUUGACCAUAAGAGUAUUGAGCCAUCCACCUGUAUCAGGGAACGGCCGCCGCAGCUAGAGGAUGGUUUGACAGCCGCAAGCAUUGCUGAAGGUUUAGAAGGCUUUGAUGAAAUGUCACUUGCUGGUUUGAACCGGGCCAGUCGCAAUGAACGCGUAUCACCGGCUGCCCUAAUCUCGAGCAUAUCUAAUCUUGACCAGAUUUUAGUUUAUCCUCCAUCCGCAAAUUCGGUCAUCGAUCCUAGUGUACUCCGGCAGAUUGUUCAUAACGCUGUUGAGCGUGCAAUUGGGGAGAUAAUUUCCCCUGUUGUGGAACGUUCUAUCACAAUUGCAUCGAUUUCGACGGCCCAGCUAAUCGUAAAAGAUUUCGCUAUGGAGCCGGAUGACGAGAAAGUUCGCCAGGCAGCAUGUGCCAUGGUUCGAGCACUAGCUGGAAGUUUGGCUGUAGUGACAUGCAAGGAACCUCUCAAAAUCAAUAUGACAAACUACAUUCGCAUGAUCCAGCAAGACUAUUCAGAUCAAGCAAUGCCUGAAGGAUUGAUUCUCAUGUGUGUUAAUGAUAACCUCGAUGCAGCAUGCGGUAUUGUUGAAAAGGCCGCCGAAGAAAGGUCGCUUCCGGAAAUCGAGAAAGUUAUGGAAACUCAAUUGGAAGCACGCCGUGAACAUAGGAUCUCUCGUCCAAAUGAGCCAUAUAUCGAUCCAAACAUGAGUCGCUGGGGGUUCUUUAUUCCCGAGCCAUAUAGGCAGGUUCCAGGUGGCCUAAACAAAGAACAAUUGGCAAUUUAUGAAGAAUUUGCCAGCCAGCCUCGCGGAGUGGUGCAAAGUCAUAUUCAAAACGUGUCAGCCGACCCAACAAAGCAGCUUCCCGAUGUUCUUCAAGAAGCCUUCCCUGCUAUUCCUAACUUAUCUACUCCAGCUGAACAGCCAGCUCUACCGCAUCAAAUGUCUCAGGCACAGCAAGAUACCGGCAUUCAGCAACAAAUGCUUACUAGUUCCCAACCUCAACUGAAUGGCUUCCAUGAUUCGGUGAAUCCUCGCGAGAAGAUCGAAAAAUUAGUUGUAGAUCUUCAGCAAACGGCUCGCGAUGCCCCAGAGGAACAUAUUAAGGACCUUUGGAGAGACAGCCCUAUUCUUCAAGAAUAUAACCAAAUUCUCCGUGCCAUCUUAUCAUCACCAAAUGGCGAAGAAUUUGCGAGGUUGACCGCGGUUAAAAUUUGCAGCGCACUUUACACUCAAGCCGAAAAUACUCUGGAAAUCGAAGUGCUUGUUCAUCUACUCUCUAAAAUUUGUGAGCUAUCGUCCCUAGUGGCGCGAUAUACUUGGGCCAUUCUUGCCGAAGUCGAGGAUGGUCAGAUGUUCAACGUUCCUGUGACUGUGGCAUUAAUAGAUGCCGGCCUGAUGGACCUCCAUCGUGUUGACAUGAUUCUCGCUAAACUUAUUAAAGAAAAGAACGUCGCAGCAUUGGAUUUACUGUCCUCCCUCAUGGCUCGGGUCCUUUUUAGUGACGAACCUUCUGCGCUGAGAUCAGAUUUUUCAGGGAGCUUGACAGCUUUGAAUUUGUGGUUGGUUGAAGACCCAAAUCUACCUGUUGGCAACGAGGUCAUUACAAAACUUCGUGAAUCUGGCAUCCCUGAAUCUGUGCACACGCUCCUUAGCGACCAGGCUCGCUCCAAGAGGGAUCAAAUGGAGUAUAUUUUUAGUGAGUGGAUUGGAGUUUACAAGUUUUCUGGUGCAAAUGAUAGAUUAUACAGCACUUUCCUAAAAGACGUUCACCAACGGCAGGUUAUGAAUAACCAAGAGGAUUCAGCUUUGUUUUUCAGGCUAAGCAUUGACAUUUCCGUUGCAAUGUUUGAGCAUGAGUCUCAAAGCUUGAAUGGGAACCUGGACGAAGCCUUCCUCUAUAUCGAUGCCCUGGCAAAAUUGGUUAUCCUGCUAGUGAAAUUCCAAGGAGAAACUGACGGUGCCGUCCAGAAGAAUAAGGCUGCCUAUCUCAACUCAAUCCUCUCCCUCUUGGUGCUAGUAUUAAACCAUCAUCAAGUUAUGAGGGGCGAUAAUUUUAAUCAGCGGAUCUUCUUCAGGCUAUUUUCAGGUAUCCUCUGUGAAUAUACAAUGAAUGAUCUCCAUCAGACAGAAAACCAUGAAAUGAUGCUUGUCUUUUCCGAUAUCUUUUUGUCGCUGCAGCCGAACAACUGCCCGAGCUUUGUUUACGGUUGGCUAUCACUAAUAUCGCACCGUGUCUUUAUGGCGGGAAUGCUUACGACGGAGGACGAGCAGGGGUGGGAAUCGUACUGUAAGAUUGUACAGGCUAUGUUGUCGUACAUUGGCGAGCAACUUAAACCUGGAAACACUUCUUUCGUGGCAAAAGAUUUAUACAAAGGAGUCCUACGAAUUCUGCUCAUAUUGCACCACGACUUUCCCGAGUUUGUGGCCGAGAACCAUUUCCGAUUCUGUACCGUCAUUCCAGCACACUGCAGCCAACUCCGAAACUUGGUUCUAAGUGCUUACCCUUCUUCAUUUCAGAAGCUGCCCGAUCCAUUUCGGGACGGGCUAAGAGUGGAUCGACUGGAUGAGAUUAGGCAAGCGCCUAAAAUUGCAGGUGACAUUGUGGCCCCCCUCCAGGAUGCAGAUCUCAUAACCGUUAUUGACAACGCCUUAAAAAACACCUCUUCCACCGAUUCUGCUGUCCGACAAAUUUGCGAUGCCGUUUAUGAUCCACCUACAAAAUCCACUGGCCUUUUUUUCGUCCCCGUCAAUGUCGAUGUAACUUUACUGGAGAGCCUUGUCAUUUAUAUAGGCCAGAGUGCUGUUUCCUCUAUAACCCAGAAGAACGGAGCUUCGUCCUUCAGCAACUCGCCACAGUCAACAUUAUUGGAGAAGCUAGUUGAAGCAUUCAACCCAGAAGCCCGGUAUUCGUUCCUUAGUUCAAUCGCGAAUCAACUCAGGUACCCGAACAGUCACACGCAUUACUUCAGUCAUGUAAUUCUCCAGCUCUUCGGAUCCAAUCAAUCAGAUCAACAGGGAACCGACAUUCGUGAGCAAAUCAUCCGCGUUUUACUUGAACGAUUGAUUGUUCAUCGACCACAUCCUUGGGGAUUGAUUAUUACACUACAGGAGCUUUUACAAAACGGCAGCUAUACCUUUUUCCGCUUGCCGUUUAUUCAAGCAGCUCCAGAGAUCGGCCGCCUAUUUGAGGCACUACUUCAGCAUAUCCAGCAACAAAGCCCUGGAGCAACUCCCUAG